UAACAGGAAAGCGCCACAACUGUUCAGAGCUUCAGCAGCGUGACCUGAUAACCACCUUUGAAGUGGCUAGAUUAACAUUUUAUCGACUAUAACCCACAGUAGAGGUGACCUUUUCAAAGGGGAAAGGGAGAAUGUGGGUCUGACCUGAGCAGCACCAUGCUCCCAGCUAAGCUGACCAGCCUGUUAACUCUGAAUGUCCCGAGGCGGAUUCCCCAUGGAGCAGCUUACUUCUGUCUGUGCUCCCCGAGUAACGGCUUCCUUCACACAGAUGGAAAGAGGUUAAGAGAUGUGAGUCUUCACUCCGACUCCAGCGUGUUGAGAAGAGUGUUUUACAGCCAGAGUGCAAUCCGCCCAUCAGUCAGACUGCGUGAAACACAGCAGGGUGGGAGAAGAUCAUUUAGUUUAUCUGCUGCAACGAUUGUGAACUCAGCACCAGCGUCUGUCCAGCCAUACCUCCGACUGAUGAGGCUGGACAAACCUAUCGGGACAUGGCUGCUUUACCUCCCGUGUACGUGGAGCAUUGCUCUGGCUGCCGACCCCGGAUGCCUCCCGCAUCUAGGCAUGCUAACCCUGUUCGGUACAGGUGCUCUGCUGAUGAGAGGAGCGGGCUGCACCAUCAAUGACAUGUGGGAUAAAGACUUUGACAAAAAGGUGUCCAGGACGGCCACUCGACCCAUCGCAUCAGGAGAGGUUUCUCGGAUGCAAGCACUUGUCUUUCUUGGAGGGCAGCUAUCUCUGGCACUAGGGGUUCUCUUGUGUCUCAACUAUUACAGCAUUGCCUUGGGUGCAGCCUCAUUAUCCCUUGUCAUCACGUACCCACUGAUGAAGAGGAUCACUUAUUGGCCACAGUUUGUGCUUGGCCUCACUUUCAACUGGGGAGCGCUGCUCGGCUGGGCCGCUGUAAAGGGCUCCUGUGAUUGGUCCGUGUGCCUCCCACUGUAUUUCUCAGGAGUGAUGUGGACGCUGAUAUAUGACACUAUAUAUGCCCAUCAGGAUAAAGAUGACGACGUCAAGGUAGGAGUCAAAUCGACUGCACUGAGGUUCCAGGAGCAAACCAAACCGUGGCUGAGUGGCUUCACAGUGGCCAUGAUGUCAGGACUGGUCGUAGCCGGAGUCAACGCUGAACAGACUCUCCCGUACUAUGCUGUGCUGUCCACAGUGGCCAUUCACCUAAUGCACCAGAUUUACACAUUGGACAUUAACAGACCGGAGGACUGCUGGAAGAAAUUUGUCUCCAACAGAAACCUUGGACUGCUGUUAUUUUUAGGCAUCGUUGCCGGCAAUUUGUGGAAGGAAAGAAGAGAGACUUUACUUCAGAGUGAGGAAGAAGUCAGAUAAGUGAGAUUCUCAGAACAAACAUUUUUAUUUAUUAUAUCCACAGUACAUCACUGAUACAACACUGCACACACGGUGCAAAAUUAACUCUUUAUAUUCACUAGCCAAAUGGCUAGUGGAUGUUAAAAAUUUUAUCAGACAUUCAAUAGGAAUGUAAAUCAGGUUUUAUCACAAUGCAAUAUUAUAUUGAUUCCUCUGAUAACAGUGAGAUAUUUGCUGAUAUCCCAAGUCUAUACAAUACAAUUUCAAUUCUAUUUAGGGGCCAGUGAUUGAUACGAGAUGAUAUCAAUCAAUGUCCUUAUUAUCUUUUUUCUUGACAGCUUAUUAUUGUCUGCGUGGCAUAAGAAAAGAGGUUUGCUUGGAUGGAAAUAGUGACACCAAAGUGCAAUAGAAUUUAAAAAUAAAGGUGUAUCUUGAAGAUGGUGA